AUGGUCAAGCUCGAAGAUGUCUCUAGUCUCUUGCAGACGCCUGCGGAUCUCUCCCAGAAGGCGCCCAUCCGAGCAGAGUCAGCAUACAAACCGCUUCAUUCCUUCGCCUUGGAGAAGCAGCGAUCCUACAAGCAGCAAUUUGGCGACAUGUACUUCUUGCGGCUCACCAAGAUCAAGCCCGCGGUAGAAAAGGUGGCUGCAAAGGCAUGGGAAGGCACAGAGAUUGGCGGCGAGCGAGCGACGAGGGUUGAACGAGUGCUUGAUGUUCGGCAGGGCGAGUUGUGCUGGGUUGCGGGAACGGUUUACAUGGACAUGCGGCUGAAGCCCAACAUCCUUGAGGAUGUGUCCAAGGAUCGUUGGCUAUCUGCGCCCAUCUCCUCGCAAAAGUACUACUCCGACGACGGCUCCGAUCAGAUCAUGCUGGAAGACGACUCAGGCCGUGUGCGCUUAGUCGGCGACGUGCUCAAUAACAUCCCACUUGUCACCGGUUGCAUCAUUGCUGUUAUGGGCACCGAGAAUACAAACGGCGAGUUCGAGGUCAUUGAUCUGAAAGUUCCCGACUUGGCUCCUCAGCCAGAGCGCUGGGCCCUCUCCAAACCACCUACCGCGAGCGGCAAAUCCGAAGGCGAGGAUACAGAAAUGACGGAUAGCCCUUCACAGAGCGGUGGCAAGAAGAUUGCCAUCGUAUCGGGGUUGUCCUUUUCCGGUACCGACGCGUCAUAUGAUCUUGAGCUGGAUCUUUUGUUGGAGUAUCUGCUUGGAGAGGCACUCGGCCCCGACGAGCAGACCAAUCUUUCACAAAUCAGUAGGCUCAUUAUCGCUGGUAAUUCUAUUUCCACCAUCAAAGAGAAGGACGACGACGAAGGCGGCGAAGAUGAAGAUGAAAAGAAGGCGGUGCAGAAGAAAUACGGCUACGAUGCCAGCGCUUACAACCCCGUGCCAUCCCAGCUCUUUGAUCAGUUUGUCUCGGAGCUGCUACCUUCCAUCCCUGUCACCCUCCUCCCCGGUGCUCAGGAUCCCGCCAACGCAAGCUAUCCUCAGCAACCCGUUCACAGCGCCAUGUUUCCCCUUUCACGAGCCUAUGCGGCGGAACUUGGUACAAAAGCAGCAUCACAGCCUGGGUGGUUCGACCCCGUGACGAAUCCAUGGGAAGCAGAGGUAGAAGGGUGGAGGAUAUUGGGCACGGGUGGCCAAAACGUGGACGAUGUGUUCAAGUAUGUGGAGAGCGACGACCGACUAGGCAUGAUGGAGGCCAUGUGCAGAUGGAGGUGCUGCGCUCCCACCGCACCCGAUACAUUAUGGAGUUAUCCAUUCCAAGAAGACGACCCUUUCGUCCUCAAGACCUGCCCCCACGUCUACUUUGUUGGCUGCCAACCCGAGUUUGCAACCAAGGUCAUUCACGGCCCUGACGGCCAAAGUGUGCGCCUUAUUGCUGUGCCGUCAUUUUCGAAAACGAAGGAGUUUGUGUUGAUGGAUACGGAAACCUUGGAAGUGACGAGGAGCCUUGCUCCCAGCAGCGACGAGGCAACCUCCAAAAAAAGUCGACGCGAACCAAACAUACCUACCGCCAACACAAACACCACAUUGUACAUACGCCUUCAAGCCCUCUCUCCGCCUGUGUCUCGUCAACAUAGCGCACCCAUCCACGCCCGGUAUCCGACGCGAACAGAACUCACGAUGGCGGCCGACGUUGGCCACAUUGCACAGCUGCUGCAGGCAACUCUGGAUCCUGCUCAGCACCGCACAGCCGAGGCUGCUCUCAAGCAGGAGGCGGCCAAGCCUCAGUACUCACUGACGCUGCUCACGAUUGUUAGCAACGACUCUCUGCCCAUCAACACUCGGCUAGGCGCUGCUUUGGCCUUCAAGAACUUCAUCCGAAACAACUAUGUGGACGCCGAUGGAAACUACAAGAUCCCUCAGGACGAGGUCCAGACAAUUAAAGAGCGCCUCAUCGGGCUGAUGAUCGCUUCUCCUGCCAACAUUCAGAGCCAGCUGGGUGAGGCUGUCAGCAUUAUAGCCGACUCAGACUUUUGGGAGCGAUGGGAUACUCUAACCCAGGACCUUGUCAGCCGUUUCUCCGCCACCGAUCCCAAGGCGAACAUUGGUGUGCUGGAGGUAGCUCAUUCCAUCUUCGUUCGAUGGAGGCCGCUCAUGGCAACGACCGCCCUGUAUACCGAAAUCAACCAUGUCAUCAACACAUUUGGCGCUCCAUUCUUCCAGUUGUUAGCGACUACCGACAGUAAAAUCACCGAGAAUGCGCAAGACAAGGCGGCUCUUCAAGGCUGGUUUGAGGUUCUAAGCUUGCAGCUGAAAAUUAUGUUCGACAUGUCUUGCCACGACCUGCCUCCUGUUUUCGAAGACAACCUCUCCAGCAUCUCCGAGCUGCUUCACAAGUAUCUGAACUACUCCAAUGCCAUCCUGAAUACCGACGACGACGAUGAAGUCAGCGUUGUCGACACCGCCAAGGCCGACAUUUGCGACUUCCUUGAGCUCUAUACCUUCAAAUAUGACGCAGAUUUCUCUCAAUACUGCAAGCCAUUCAUCACAAGCACCUGGAACCUGGUGUCAUCCAUUGGCUCAGAGACAAAGUACGACACUCUUGUCAGCAAGUCACUGCACUUCUUGGCGGCAGUUGCGGCGACUCGAGAGCAUUCCGAGCUCUUCAACAACGAAGAAGUCCUCACCCAGAUUAUUGAAAAGGUUAUUCUGCCCAAUGUUAGCCUGCGAGACUCUGAUAUCGAACUGUUUGAGGAUGAGCCGAUUGAGUAUAUUCGCCGAGACUUGGAGGGCUCUGAUACGGGCUCUCGACGCAGAUCAGCCACCGACUUCCUCCGCAGUCUGCAAGAGAAAUUUGAGGCCCCCGUUACUGGCUCUGUCUCGAGAUACAUCAACCACUACCUCACCCAAGGAAAAUCCGAUUGGAAGUCUAAAGACACUGCCGUCUACCUGUUCAUUUCGAUUGCCGCCAAGGGUGCCGUCACACAGGCUCAAGGCGUCAAGACCGUCAACCCACUUGUCAACGUUGUCGACUUCUUCGAGCAGCAUAUUGCAUCUGACCUGGUGAAUGGAGAGGGAAUUGAGCCAAUCUCUAAAGUUGACGCAAUUAAAUUUCUCUACACAUUCCGCAGUCAGCUGUCCAAGGAGCAGUGGAAAGUGGCGAUUGGUCCGUUGAUUCAGAACCUCAACUCGUCCAACUAUGUUGUAUAUACCUACGCGGCCAUUGCCGUGGAGCGCGUGCUGUUUCUGACAGACGAUGCGGGCAAUGCAAUGUUCCCCCGCGCAGACAUUGAGCCGUUCGCAAAGGAUCUGCUCACUCAUCUUUUCAAGCUGAUAGAAAGGGAGACUAGCGCUCCCAAGUUGCAGGAAAACGAAUUCUUGAUGCGAUGCGUGAUGAGAAUUCUCAUUGUCAUCAAGGACGGAGCGGGCCCCUGGCUCGAUACUAUCCUGACACACCUUAUUCUCAUUACAAAUGUGAUGAAGUCUAACCCUAGCAACCCUCGCUUUUACUACUAUCACUUUGAGGCUCUCGGCGCUCUGGUACGAUACUGUGCCGCGACGCAUGCCGCUGCAAUUAAUCAGAAACUAUGGGAACCAGCACAUCAAAUCCUGGUUGACGAUGUUACGGAAUUUAUUCCAUACGUCUUCCAGAUCCUGGCGCAGCUCCUUGAGUCCAGCCCUGUGGAUUCCGUCUCUGACAAUUACAAGGCACUACUUGGUCCUCUACUGCAGCCUCCUUUGUGGGAAACCAGGGGCAACAUCCCAGCCUGCACACGCUUGUUGGCCGCGCUUAUUCCCAGAGUAGCCAAGGAGAUUGUUACUGAGAAUCAGACUGAGGCUGUUCUUGGAAUUUUUCAACGACUACUCAGCGGAAAGAAGUCAGAGCUCCAUGCAUUUGACAUUCUUGAGGCUAUUGUCAACUCUUUUGAGCCAUCGGCUCUUGACCCGUACUUUGACACCAUUCUCAGGCUGCUUUUCACAAAGCUACAAGGAUCCCCAGCUGAUUCUUUCAAGAUCCGCUUCGUUCGAUUCUUUCAUCUCGUUGGAGGGAAGCUGGAAGCUGGCUACGGAGCAGAUUACUUUGUCAAGCAUGCCGACAAAGUAGACGAGAAAGUCUUUGCCCAAGUUUAUCCUCCAUUUAUCCUGCAGGAAACAGACAAACUGGCAAGACCCGUUGAUCGAAAGGCUGCUGUGGUCUCUCUGACCAAAACGCUAUGCGAUUCUCAAGUGUUCGCUACCAAGUUCGCCAAGGGCUGGGGAAACACCUGCAGGAUUCUCCUCACUCUGCUGGCACACCCUCCCAGCGUUGCCGCUGGCGUCGGAGACGAAAUCGUUACUGAAAACUCUCCUGAUGAUAUUGGAUUUGGAUUGACAUUCACGGCCCUCAACACGUGCAAGCUUGCUGCGCGGGAUGACUUCCCCGAGGUGCAGGAUGUGACUACCUGGGUCAAGCAGUACAUGGUUGGGGCUAACCAGAGACAUGGCGGUGCCAUUGAGGGCUUCAUCUCGCAGCGUCUUACGCCCGAGCUGCAGCAAGCCAUUGCUCAGUACAUUCGAUAA